UGCCUGUGCUGCUGCAGUCAUUCUGGCUCGUGGCAGAGACGUGUUCUGCACACUUUGACAUGUCUGUCAUGGACAUGUGUCACUUCUGUCUUGAGAACCCGCAUCCUCUGGAUAGUACGGAAUAAAAGAGAGCUGUGUGCAACCACAGGAAAGCUGUAUAAUCUCCAGAGCAGCGACUCAUCAUGGGCACCGUCCUAUCACUCUCACCCGGAUCUCGGAAAUCAGGCUACUAUGACAACCGGCCGGGCUCUCUCAGUCACUACCCGAGCCUCAGCAGCCGCCCUCUCAACACCCACAAAGACCGCGAGCUGAAGAGGGGCCAGUCCAUCUUCCUUCCAGCUCUCACAUGGAAGCGACUGGUGGCCUCCACAAAGAAGAAGAGCAACACUAAAAAGGGUCCGGGUGGUCCGGUGGCCUUCUGCGACCCUCUCAACAAUAACAACAUCUACCAAAAUGAUCCUGUGCUGCACCUCAACCGUGAGAAUGUAAAGAAAUCUAUGUCAUGUGCCAACCUGUCCAGUUACGAGGGUCCAGCAGGACUGGUCCUGGGACUCGGAUACGGGUUAGGGAUGGGACAGGGGCUUGGCUACAACUACAGCAAGUCUCAGCAGCUUUUGUCUGUGAAAAAGGUUGCCCAGGGUACAGUGGCCUCAUCCCCCAAGCGUGUCAUUGUCCAGGCCUCCACCAGCGAGCUGCUCCGCUGCUUGGGGGAGUUCUUGUGUUAUCGGUGCUACCGCCUGAAGCACCUGUCUCCAGCCGACCCCGUGCUCUGGCUGCGAGCGGUGGACCGAUCGCUCUUGCUGCAGGGUUGGCAGGACCAGGCCUUCGUCACGCCGGCUAACGUGGUCUUCGUCUACAUGCUGUGCCGAGACGUAGUAGACGGGGACCUGGUGGCGUCGGAGCACGAGCUGCAGGCCAUUUUACUCACCUGCCUCUACCUGUCCUACUCCUACAUGGGCAAUGAGAUCUCAUACCCGCUAAAGCCUUUCCUGGUUGAGGCGGGGAAGGAGGCCUUCUGGGACCGCUGCCUGGCCAUCAUCGACGCCACCAGCUCCAAGAUGCUGCGGAUCAAUGCAGACCCACACUUUUUCACACAAGUAUUUGCUGACCUCAAGAGCGAGGGCAGGCGCAGCCCUCAGGACUACAGUCAGGUGCUGGAUAGAGGAUUGCAAGAACGUAGGAACUUUCACAUCCCGGAGGACUACUUGUAGAAGUUUAGGAUUUAAAACAUGUUCAAGAUGCAGAUUGUCUCUGAAGAUUGACACAUUUGUUCCCCCUGGAAUCUUGAACUAUUUUUACUUGAAAUAUGGAGCCACUUGGUCCAACUGACCCUCAUCAUAUCGUCCCUGCAGACCACCAAGUCAUCUCAGAUUCCCCUUUGGAUCGGCUUCUUCUAGCAGAGCGUCCUCACACUACGUGAGCUGUCAUGAGCCGCGGCUAAAUAUUAUCAAGGACUGUUUUUGCUCCUAAACAGCUGAAUGGGUCAGAGUUGGACAAUUUAAUCCACGCCAAGCGAUGUUUUCUGGACAGUUAAUGCAGGCAUUCAGGCGUCUCUUGCUGAGUAAGUCUCAUGUAACAACAGGGAAAAGUAACUGGUGGAGGCAGCUGAGAAGUGCACACUACGUCCUGAUGUGUGCUUCAUAAUCACUAAAGCAAAAGGUUUUGUGAAACACUA